AUGUUCACUGGAAAUUUGGCAGAACCUCAUCACACUGAAAUUAUGAUGACAGAUGUUCAUGAAGAUGCUUUGAAAUUACUAAUUAACUUCUGUUAUACAUCUAGUAUAAUUAUAGAUGAAUCAAUAGUGGCAAUAUUAUUGGCAACAGCAAAUUAUAUCCAAUUUAAUGAAAUUGAAGAUAUUUGCUAUAAAAAAACUCUACUCAGUAAGGUUGCUUAUAAUAAAUUCAUCAAAUCAAACGAUAAAUGUCGCAAACUAGUGGAAAAAGCCAAAAUUCAAUUACUUCAUUCAGACAAACAACCGUCUACGCAGAGUUUGAAGCCAAGUGUAAUGGAGUCAUCACGAGAAAUUUUAUUUGUAGUUGGAGGUUGGUUUGACCACAAUGCUAUGUCAAUAGUGGAGUAUUACGAUCCUGAUAUUGCUGAUUGGACAUUGGUAGCAUCAAUGGCAAAAAGAAGAUGUGGAGUUGGAACAUCUGUUUUGAACGGAAUAUUAUACACAGUUGGUGGACACGAUGGUCGAGAUGCUAUGGGUAAUAAUAUAUAUGUUAUUGGUGGGCAAGAUACCUAUCAACAUUUUAAUUCAGCAAUAAAGUAUGAUCCAAACAUAAAUAUGUGGUCAAGUAUGGCUUCUAUGACAACCGCAAGAGUUGGAGUGGCAGUAGGAGUAAUUGACAGUUGUAUUUACGCAAUAGGAGGUUUCAAUGGAGAAUAUGUAUUAAACACAGUUGAAAGAUAUGAUCCGCGAGAGAAUGUAUGGUGUCUUGUUUCGUCCAUGUCUACCAAACGAAAACAUUUUGGGUGUGCAGCAUUUAACGAUUGUAUCUAUGCUGUUGGCGGGUGUGAUGAUCUGAGUGAGUUACGUACUGUAGAAAUAUAUAACUUACGGGCAAAUUCGUGGAGACCGAGCAUUGAAAUGGCAUCAAGGCGAAGUAGGAAUAGUAAUUAUUCUGCAACAUUCAGUGAUCAUGAAGAUUUCCUUCAUUAA